ACGGCUCACGUGCUCGGAUUGUACACGUUUUCUGUGCAGGAUGAUUCCUGACACGCAUGUUAAUAGGUAGAUUGAACCCUACGUGUCCAAGGCCUCAUUCUAAAAUGCGGAUAUGACCCAGCUAGUGCGAGUUUAGGUUCGAUAUAAGAUUUGCUAGGGGUAUCCACUCCAGAGCCACUGAAAUUUACUAGUAGCUCCAGAAUGCCUUUGUCUUGAAACAUUCCUUGCAUGUUUAGAUAAUUGUGUGGAAACAGAAAGCCUUGGAAGAGUUACAGUAACAUUUUGGCCGCGAUAAUUGCAAUUGAUUGCGGGUGGAAGGGUGAAAUUUCGUAGUGUCAGCUGGUAAAAAGGUUGUAGUUGUCAUGGGGAGGGUGCCAAUUGAUAGAAAAAAAGGAUGAAAGGGAAAGAUGCUGUUGUAUUCUUGCUAUUGAAUUAUUGCCAUUUCCACACCUUGUCGCCCACGAAUUAGCUGUGGGCCUGUGGCACCCUCUGUAAAAGCAUUUGGAGGCCAAUCAAAUUGUGCCAUAUGCAGGUCGAGAGGGCAAUGUCACCAUUGUGGUAAUCAUGCAUGGGCAUUUUGGCCAUAAGAUUGUUUUAGUUUUGUAGUUAAUUUAUCCACCAAAUGGUUGGUAAUGGGUCAGUGGAAGCUAAUGGGGGAUUGGAGAGGGGUAUUACAUGGACAUGCCAGCCCCAUGCAGUGAUCAUUCAAACCUUUAAAAAGCAGCCCCAACAUGGCUUUUCGGUAUCCACUUUCCUGUCACUGCAAACCAAAAUAGAGAUACCUUCCAUCCCUCCUGUCCUCUAAUAUCCUCAGUAUCCAUUCUCACCCUAAACUCACAUGGAUUGUGCUCGGAGAACUAUAGAAAUGAGAGGAAAGUUCUUUAGAAAAAUGAAAUUCAUCCCCUCAUUUACCACCUUGAAACAAGGUCUAACCCUUCAGCUAGACCCCUCGGAGAAGGUUUCCAGUCAAAACUAUCAAACUUCACCAGUUUACAAGGAACAAGAUGGAAAGAGCAACAGCCUCUCGGAGCUACUUGUUGGCGGUGCUGGCAUAUCUGAACAAGAUAAACAUCUUAAAGAUGAAACGGAAUUGGAUUCCAAUGCUGAUAACAAGUACAGCUUUUCAUCCUCCCUGAAGUCCAAAGACACAGUGACUGCCAAGGAAAAUCCAGAGGUUCCAAUUUUGUCACUUAGCAUGCAGGACAGUGAAGAAUGCCCAUCUCUGUUAGAUUUUGAAGAGAAAUGUCCACCGGGAGGAGGCGAUUCCAUUAUUCUGUACACAACAAGCUUGAGAGGUAUUAGGAAAGCAUUUGAAGAUUGUAGCACUAUCCGGUUCUUGUUGGAAAGUUUCAAAGUAUUGUUCUACGAGAGGGAUGUUUCGAUGCAUUUGGAAUAUAGGGAAGAACUGUGGUGCAUCUUUGGUGGAAGAGUGAUCCCUCCGAGGAUUUUCAUAAAGGGUAGAUACGUUGGAGGAGCCGAUGAAGUGGUGGGAUUACACGAGCAAGGCAAGCUGAAGAAGCUCUUGGAAGGUAUGCCACUUGACCUGUCCGGUUCCUCGUGCAGUGGGUGUGCCAAUGUGAGAUUUGUGGUGUGCUACGAUUGCAAUGGCAGUCGGAAGAUCGUUGCAGACGGGGAGAAUGGUGAAUCGUACAUUAGAUGCCCUGAAUGUAAUGAAAAUGGGCUGGUUAAAUGCCCAACUUGCUGCUGAAAAUCUAACUGAUGUUACCUUGUUCUAGCUCUUAGUGAUCUGGUAUUUACCAUAUUUAUUUCCUUCUCUUAGUUUUCGCUGGUCUUGAUGUUGCAGUGUCUCUGCAAACUUGUAUAAUACUCACUUCUAAUUGUUUUUGCAUCGGCUUGUUUACGUGAAAAGAAGUAUGCACACCAUC